UGCAAUAACAUCAAACAUUCUAAUCUCAUCCCCAAAAUGAGUCAUCAACACCUCAGGAAACCACAGGCAGAUCAUGAGAUCUCCAAUUACGGUGACUUCUCGGAGAAGACCGUCGAGCGUCUCGAGCCGGUGGUUCCCACCGGCAUCGGUUCUGCCGCCAUAGAUGGCGACCCCAUAACCAUCGGAGAAGCUUUGGAAGCGGCGGCCAUAGCGGCGGGGAAUAAAGCGGUGGACCAAAACGACGCAGCUGCGAUCAGCGCCGCAGAGAUUAGGGCUUCCGGAGAGAAGAGCGUGAGGUCCGGCGGCGUGGGUGAAACGGCGCAGGCGGCGGCCAAUUUCAACAGUCACGUAACGCGAAACCAAGACAAGACGAAACUUUCCGAUAUCUUAACGGAUGCCACAGAGAAGCUCUCAGUGGACAGGGCAGUGACGAAAGAAGAUGCUGAGGCUGUGUAUGCGGCGGAGGUGCAGUUUACACGGCGGGGGGAGGCGAAAGAAGGGGCUGCUAAACCUGGCGGCGUGGCGGCAUCCAUGGCCACUGCAGCUAACCUUAAUCAACAAAAUUGAGGCUUGGAGUAUAGUGUUUGCCCUUUUUCAAAACGUGUUUUUGGGUAGAAGCAGCUUAAUUUGUAACUACUGAAUAUGAAUACUGAUUUUGAUUUGUGCUUCUGUUUUAACAAUUAAAUGUUUGCUUUAUUGAAAUUGAUAAUCGCAAGUUUACUAUCAA